UAAUUCUUCGUACUCUGGGGUUCCCACUGCCCCACUACAUGUACCGGAGUGGCCCAUGUGAGUAUAUAUUAUGUCUUCCACAGCGGGGUAACAUCAUCAGCUUCACAGCAUCCGCAGCGACGACUACAGCACCAAGGAUUUGAACAUGAAGUUGUUAUUGAGUUUGAUGGUGGUUGUUGUGGUUCUGUUGGCCACAACCUCGGCCCGUCCCCAACAACAACAGAACCCCGGUUCGGACGGCGGCUGGGUGGUCAAGACGGACCAGACCAAGAGUGGUGGAACCGUGGUGCGAGCUGAGGGCAACCAGCAAUGGGACGUGACCAAGGACGGCAAGGUCAAGGCCGAGGUCCACGGACACUGGGAGAGGACCUACGGAGGUCCCAACAACGGCCAGAGGGACCGCGGGGUCGGUGGCUCCAUCGGUGGCGCCUGGGGCUAGUCACCCACCACUCUCCACUCUCCACCAUAACUGCUUGACAUUCAAGCACCGUGUACAUUAUAUCAGCUUAGGACAAGGUUUUUACAAUAAAAACUGAAUACUGUUUUA